AUGGAGGAGAGGGUGCGCGCCGUGCUCCCCCUCAACGAGGAGUACGAGACCCGCUUCCUCUGCUGCUCGGCGCAGGAAUGGGCGGCCAUGGGCGUGGAGCAGCUGCGCCUCAGCACCGUGGACCUGACCGGCGUGCCCAGCCCGCAGCAGCUGCACGAGGGCGUGCGGUUCAUCCUGAAGCACCGGGCGUGCGGGAACAGCGUCUACGUGCACUGCAAGGCGGGGCGCUCCCGCAGCGCCACCAUGGUGGCCGCCUACCUGAUACAGCUGCAUCACUGGACCCCUCAGGAAGCAAUAGAGGCUAUUGCCAAGAUCCGUCCCCACAUCCUCAUUCGGCACAAACAGGUACAAGUCCUGGAGGAAUUUUACAGGAGUAUAAUUGCUGGCACAGCUGCAAAGAGUCAGUAAGGACCAUAAAAA